GUGGGUACAUGCAUGUCCCUCAGAAGGACCAUGCCACCGAAGCCUUUGGUGACGGUUCCUCCUUGGUGACUCCUCCUCAUGCAAAGUCAGAUGCAUCAUGGAUGACAGCACAUUUGAGACGUUUGAGGAAGAGCUUGGGGCGACACAAAAGGAUGUGUCUCACCCGAAACACUCCAGACAAUCCCGUCGACCUGAAGUGUAUCCACAAAGGAGGGUGAGAGAGGAACCUCUAGUUGUCCAGCAGAUCCCAAAGUCUCUACCUCGAGAGGCUCCCGUCUCAAAAGGUGUGUCAUUGCGAAAGUCAUUGUCCAUUGAGGACUCGGCCCAGAUCGAGGCACCAUGGGAAGGAGUGACGCUUAACCGCUGUCUCUUAAUAGCUAUCACUAUUCUGGUCCUCACCUCAGGGUGUCAAAGGCUACACGAGUUUUUACGAGGUCACAAAGAGGAGACGGAUAUAGAGCCCAUAUGUUCAGUGCUCAACAGCAGGCACACUGCAGUGAGGAAGUACCGCUUACCAGCACCCGAGCCUGAGACAUCUUUGUGGGACACAUUUUUCUGGUGGGUGAGCGAAGAUGAUGAUGAAGAGAAAGGGAGAAGACGAGGCAAGUCAAGAAAAGUGACUCGAGAAAAAGCUACUCGAGGUCUGAGACACAAAGCCAUACCUGAUAGGAAACUUCUGAAGGGGAGGGAGGGCAGUUUUAAAGCACGGAGAGCUAAAGCGAGACAGGAUGAACGGAAGAGUCGAGAGACUUUGAAAGCACAGCAAGAGAAAGUGAAGAAACUCCAAGAGAAGAAGCUGGAUGAAGAAGAGAGAAAGGGAAAAGAAGACAAGAUUGUUAAAAAUGCAGCGAAGAAAAGGAAAAAGAACGCUUCGUAGAAAUGGAGGGAAAAGAUAAAGCAAAGUAUGGCUAUGCAGAAGGCAGUAAAGGAGAAAGGAGUGAAGAAACGUUUUUUAACUGUAGUGUGAUGUCUCAAGCAUGAGCACUUAAUUUAAGUUGGUCAGAUUUUUUCCUUUCUUUGUAUUUCUGUAAUUGAGUACUAAACGAUAGUUAUUGUGUGGCAAUAUUCUUUACUUUGCUGAUCUUCAGAUGAUCGAGAGAUUAAAAGGCUUUUGGCAUUUUUUUGUAAGAAAACUGUAUGGAAAAUAAAGACAAAGUCUCAACAUGAACUACAGACAUUGUAGUGAUUGCAGCAAAAAAUGUUUGGCCAAGACAGUUUCAUCUGGUGUUUUUUCUUAAUUAUUCCAUUAAAUUGCAAUUCAAAAACAAUGUCUGAUUUCUAUUAGUCGAUGGUUGUUAUUAUUUUUUUCACUUUUAUGCUAUUUCUGUGACCAUUGUAGGUUUCUGAUUUCUUUAUAGCAAGGGUACCAAAAAUUCAUCCACAUGUUGAAGUGAUAAAAAACUGAAUAAGAGAGAAAAUUCAUAUGCACAAGGGGGACAUGGGAAACUAAGGACAAGCAAUAUCUUGAGCUCAGGAUCAAACCAGAGACUGCAGCGCCAUUAUCCAUUUCUUUAGUUGAAUUAAGUAACACCUUAUGGAAUUAUUUUCAACCUAUUCUAAAUAUACCACUUCCAGGUCACCUAUAAGGUAUUUUUGACUACAUUUAUAUGUAUCACACAUCUGUCAUGAAUUUAUUACCUCAUAACAAAUGUAGAACAUUUAGAGAUUUAUAAUAAUGCAUUAGCUGUUAAAUGUAAUACAACACAUUAUUACUGUAGUAAAUAAAUGUAGUCCAAAUAAGUAGUACUAAA